AUGAAUAUGUUGGAUGAUGAAGAUGACCAAAGCUUUCACGCUACGCGUGACGGCUACUCCCAUUUGAGCGAUGUCGAAUGGGAUGCAGUUGAACGGAUGGGUUCAACCAUGGGCAUCCAUGCUGUUAGCGUCAUGCAAGAGGCUCUCAAUAGAGAUGCCCAACAUGCUACUAUCGCCAAGUUCAUUCAAAAUGAACUUGACGCAGAACGCGAGAAAGUAGCCUUGCUUCACCAACAAGGUUCUCAACAAGCAGAGUUGUUGAGAGAACAGGGUGAUCAACAGUUUGAACUGUUGAGACAGCAGCAGGCUGCUGCUGGUGGGUCGAUGCACUCGCGUCGACCCGAAACCUUGAAGAUUGACAUCUCCAAGUAUAGGGGAGUCGAAGAGGACUCCCUCUUGAGAUGGUUCGUCGAAUUUGAUGACGCCAUAAGGGCGCGUCGCAUCGACGAUGGGGACAUGCAAGUUGCAUUUGCCUAA